GGCUGUUGACAAGUUGACAGGCCACAGUUUUUGAGAAUCACUCCUUCAGUGUGUCGUACAUACUGGACAAGGAGGCAGGAAGGGACGGGGCUGGAAGACCCCAGGUCCCGCGAGGGGCAUCUAAAAUGGUGACAGGAAGUCGGGAGCAAGAGUUUGGUCAACCAGGGGCCAUGGGAGGCCCCCAGGGGCCCAGGCAGCGUCAGCAAGAGCUGCCUCUAAGAAUCCUAGUACCUACUCAGUUUGUGGGAGCCAUCAUUGGAAAAGAGGGGCUCACUAUAAAGAACAUUACCAAGCAAACACAGUCCAAGGUAGAUAUCCAUCGUAAAGAGAAUGCUGGGGCGACUGAGAAGGCCAUCACUAUUCACUCCUCUAAAGAGGGCUGUUCACAAGCCUGCAGGAUGAUUUUGGAAAUCAUGGAAAAAGAGGCCAAUGACACUAAGAUUGUUGAGGAAGUUCCUUUGAAGAUCUUGGCCCACAACAGUCUUGUUGGCAGACUCAUAGGGAAGGAGGGCAGGAACCUGAAAAAGAUAGAGCAAGAUACUGGGACCAAGAUCACCAUCUCUGCAUUACAAGACCUGACCGUUUAUAACCAGGAACGUACCAUCUCGGUGAGAGGAGGGGUAGAAGAGUGCUGUAAAGCAGAAGGGGAGAUCAUGAAGAAACUUAGAGAAGCCCAUGAGAAUGAUGUAGCUUCGGUUAAUCAGCAGACUAACAUGAUGGCUGGCCUAAAUCUGAGUGCGCUGGGGAUCUUCUCCUCUGGCAUGUCUGUUCUCCCUCCUGCCUCAGGGCUGCGUGGAUCUCUGUCCACCCCUGCCAACUACAGCCCUCUGCUGGGACCCUCAAUAAUGGGAGGUCUAUAUGGGGUUCCUUCUUCUGGAGCUUUAUCUCUUCAGCAAGCAGGUGGUGAACAGGAAGUGGUUUAUCUCUUUAUCCCCACUCCGGCAGUUGGAGCUCUCAUUGGGAAGAAAGGGCAGCACAUUAAAGAGCUGGCACACUUCGCUGGAGCCUCAAUAAAGAUUGCUGCACCAGAGAGCCCUGAUGAACCCGAGAGGAUGGUCAUUAUCACUGGACCACCAGAAGCUCAGUUCAAGGCACAGGGGAGGAUAUAUGGGAAGCUGAAAGAAGAGAAUUUUUUCACAGCUAAAGAAGAGGUGAAGUUGGAGGCGCAUAUAAAGGUGCCAUCAACUGCUGCAGGACGAGUCAUUGGGAAGGGGGGCAAAACGGUCAAUGAGCUGCAGAAUCUCACCAGCGCCGAGGUCAUUGUACCACGGGACCAGACACCAGAUGAGAACGAUGAUGUAUUUGUCAAAAUAAUUGGACAUUUCUUUGCCAGUCAGACGGCCCAACGCAAGAUCAGGGAGAUCGUUCAACAGGUCAAACAGCAAGAGCGGAAGCACCAGCAAAUGCCGCAAACACCUUCUGAACAAUCAAAUUGAUCAGCAGACGCCAGCAAGCAGCAGCUAAUGAAUGUAGCUCAUGCAAGGACAAAUCGAAAAAAAUGUAAAAGAAAGAAUUAAAGAGAAAGAAAGAUUUAAA